GCUCGUCAGGUUCACGGCCUCUCUUCGGGCUUGUUCCUGUGUUUUUGUUGCUUUUCUGGGCUGAACCAGUCGAUCUGGACCGUGUGGGAGAACCGGGCGGCUUUCAGCCUGUGUGCUGUUUGUGUCCAGGCUGUUAAUGUCCAGGCUCUUUAACACAUGCGCGCUUCAGCCGACAUCGAUGGAUGAGAGCUGCUGGGGAGUUUGAUCUUUAUUUAUUUAUUGUAACCGUCUUUCGGUGGCGAUAAACCGGGGAGCAGCAGCUAGCUAAACCGCCUCCGCCUCCUCUCGGUCAUGGCAGCAGGUCUGCCGCUCCUCGGGCUCCUGGUCCCGGCCUGUUUGCUCCUCUUUCCCCGCUGCCGAGCCUUCAAUCUGGACGUGGACAAACCGUCCGUGUUCUCCGGACCGCAGAGAAGCUACUUCGGCUUCUCGGUGGAUUUCUUCAAACUCGAGUCGGCGGUUCUGAUCGGCGCUCCUCGGGCCAACCUGUCGUCCUCUGACAGUGUUGUGGAGAGAGGAGCAGUGUACAGCUGCCCCUGGAGGAAUUCUGUGCCCUGCCAGCUGCUGCAGUUUGACAACACCGAGGACAGGAAGAGUGCAACAGGCGUUCCGAUGGAGUUCAAGUCCAAGCAGUGGUUUGGAGCCUCUGUGCGAUCUGACGGAGAGCACAUCCUGGCCUGUGCUCCUCUGUACCAGUGGUCCACCUAUGGUGUCUCUGAGCGAGAGCCGGUGGGAACGUGUUUCCUGAAGAAAGACAAUUCAGUGGUGGAGUACUCGCCCUGCAGAACACGUACUGGUUCCCCAGAAGGGCAGGGCUUCUGUCAGGCCGGCUUCAGUGCUGACUUCCUGAAGAAAGACAACAGAGUGGUGGUGGGAGGACCUGGCAGUUUCUACUGGCAGGGACAGCUGAUUUCUGACGACAUCACUAACAUUUUUACCAAAUUCAAUCAAGAUUACUACACCGACUACGGAGACACUUUGGCUACCAAGUCUGCCAAUGCCCAGUAUGAUGACAGUUACCUAGGAUACUCUCUGACUGUUGGAGACUUAAACAGUGAUGGAAAAGAAGAUUACAUCACCGGAGUACCGAGGGGGGACAAGGCACUCGGUUAUGUGAACAUCUUUCAUGGCAACACCAUGGAGUCGAUGAUGAACUUCACAGGAACCCAGAUGGCUGCAUACUUUGGUCAUUCUGUUGCAGCUUCUGAUGUCAAUAAUGAUGGUUUGGUAGAUCUGUUGGUUGGUGCUCCUCUCUUCAUGGAUCGAGGAUCAGAUGGUAAACUGAGGGAGGUGGGACAGGUGAGUGUGUAUCUGGGUCGUGGUGGAUUUUCCUUCCAUGACCCCCAGAUACUGAUGGGUUCAGAGGUCUACGCCAGAUACGGCUCUGCCAUCACCGCUCUGGGAGACGUCGACAUGGAUGGCUACAAUGAUGUGGCCAUCUCUGCUCCGUAUGGUGGCCCUCAGCACAACGGUUUGGUCUACAUUCAUAAUGGCAGCCCUAAGGGCCCUGACCCUUCACCUUCCCAGGUCCUGCAGGGGAAAUGGGCAUCCAGCUACAUGCCCGCCAGCUUUGGAUACUCUAUGACUGGAAAUAUUGACAUAGACCAGAAUGGAUACCCAGAUUUAAUAGUGGGAGUGUUUGGAGCAGACAAAGCAAUUUUAUACAGAGCCCGCCCAGUGAUCAGUGUGAACGCCACCUUAGACCUCACACCUCAGAUCAUCAACCCAGAGGACAAGCAGUGCACCCUGCCUGAUGGAAAAACGUCUGUGUCCUGUUUUCGGUUAAAGUACUGUCUGAAGGCGAGGGGACAAGGAGCUCCGGAAACUCUCCGUUUUCGUGUGGACCUCAUUGUGGACCGUCUGAAGCAAAAGGAGGCGACUAAACGUGUCCUUUUCCUGCACAGUAACAGUUUUCAUUACUCCAGGAACAUAUCCGUUUCAAACAACAAAUCUCCAUCCUGCGAGGAGCUCAAAGUCUACCUAAGAGAUGACCGUGAGUUUCGGGAUAAGAUCACACCGAUCUCCGUGACGAUGGAGUACAGUCUGGACUACCAGAAGGCUGCAGACCAAACCGGACUGCAGCCCAUCCUGGACUUGAUGGCGCCGCCCAACGUCACCAAGCAGGCUCACAUCCUGUUGGACUGUGGCGACGACAACAUCUGCACGCCUGACCUGAGGUUAACGGUGAAAAGCGACCGUGAGCAGAUCUACAUCGGCGAUGAUAACGCUCUGACUCUGGAGGUCAGCGCUGAUAAUCUCGGUGAGGGGGCGUACGAGGCCGAACUCCACGUCUACCCGCCUCAGCAGGCCGACUUCACCGGCGUGGUGCGCAGCCAGACGCUGAGCCGCCUGUCCUGUGCUUAUAAAAAAGAGAACCAGACCAAGAUGGUGGUGUGUGACCUGGGAAAUCCCAUGAAAGGAGGAACUAAGAUGCUGACUGAGCUGCAGUUCAGCGUUCACCAGCUGUCAGAGGACGACACUUCUGUCAGGUUUAACCUACAGAUUGUCAGCUCUAACCAGCACAACAACACGAGUCCUGUGGUCUCCAGCGUUACUAAGCUGGCUGUCCUUGCUAAAGUCUCCAUCAGAGGGUCGUCAUCUCCAAGUCAAGUCCUGCUUCCGAUCAACAACUGGAAACCCAAAGAAUUUCCAAAUCGCAAAGACGAUAUUGGACCACAAAUAGUUCAUGUCUACGAGCUCCUGAACAGUGGACCCAGUACCUUCAGUAAGGCCUUGCUGAACAUCGACUGGCCGUAUCAGUUCAACAACGUCACUCUGCUCGAGCCCAUGCGCUACGACACCGAGGGCCCCAUCAGCUGCACCACCGAAGUGGUGAUGAACCGUCUCAACCUCUCUGAUCCCAUAACCUUGGAGAAAAACGACAGCAUUGUGCCACCGCGAGAGCGAGAAACAGAGGGACGGAACAGACACAGCAUCCGCAAGCGAGAGCUGCAGACCAGAGAUUCCCAGGACCAGCUGCAAAUAGUGGACUGUACCACAAAGUGUCAGUUUCACUGUCAGGUGGGUCGUCUUGAGAGGAAGAAGAACGCCAUCCUCUUCAUCUACUCCAGACUGGCGGUCGACAAUUUCCUCAAGGCUGAGAUUCAGAAUCGUUCGUACUCCAUCAAAUCCACGGCAUCCUUCACCGUCAUCGAAAUACCAUACAAGAAUCUGGUGUCGGACUUUCCAGCAAACAGUACGACAGUGAGCGUGUCUGUGAUGUGGGUGGCGGACACUCAGCCGGUCCCGGGUUGGGUGGUGGCUCUGGCGGUCCUGGCAGGACUGCUGCUGCUGGCGCUGCUCAUCUUUGUCAUGUACAAGUUGGGCUUCUUUAAGCGAGUGCGCCCCCCGCAGGAGGACUGCACUGAGAAGGAGCAGCUGCAACCAGAGGAGAAUGGCAACACUGACACCUAGAGCUCACUUUUGGGAUUGCACCUACCUUUCUGUAAAAUAAAAAAAAAAUUUAAAAAUUCCCAAUGAUGACAAAUAAUGGAGGAAAAAACAUUCAUGGGCAGAUCAUGGUACUGAUUUAAAUGAUACAGUUUUUAAUUAGUCAUAUUGUGUUUGUGCCAAUCGAGUUUCUUUUUAAUACACUGGUGGCAGAUGAAAUUCUCAUGUCUUAGUCAAAUAUUUUCUUUAUUUUACUCCUUUUUAAAAUUAAAAUAGUGACCCAGAGGUCUGAAGGUUUCAGAUCUCAUAAAUCAGUGUGUCUUUAAAAAUCAGUGUUAUUGUUUCUUUUUUUUCCAGAUAUUUUUAUUUUACACAAUUUUGUCUGAAGCCAAACCCACGAACUGCUGAAAUAUUCCAUCAUUUACAAACGGUCUUCUUUAAUUCGUCUCCACCGGGUUUGUAGACGUUUUCUUCUUUGAGUCACUUCAAACAAAACAGAAAUUUUCCAUCUGUCGCCUCUGUGGAAGAUUUUGUGUUGAAUAUAGAACAUGCACAUGCAGCUCUUUGAAUUCUAUACCAGUACACGUCUGGUGUGUUUUCCUCUCCCGUGAGGACAAGUCUGUCCGUCCGUCCGUCCAUCUGUGAGGACAGUUCCACCUCAUGGUUUUUCUUUUUUUAAAUGAGCACAAUGUGGACAUAAGUGCAAUUUUACAUUUGGUCCGAGUCUAUAGAUCUACAGGUGCAAUAGAGAUGGUGCAAGUGCUGUGUUUUUCAAUUCUGCCACUAGGUGUCAUUGCCGAUCAUUCAUCACAUCUUUGUGUGUUUGAGAGACGGAUCAAAUCAGUGUUGUGGUUCUCAUUCAACAGCAUCACAAUUCAUUCUGAUGGGGUUCGAAUUUAUCACCAUAACAACCCAGUCAAAAACAGCCAAUCACGGCUGGGGGAGGGACAAGAAGUAGAAAUGACAGAGAGAAGUUGAAUGCAUGAGGAAUUUUACUUUCCAGUUUUGAAGUAAAUAGAGAGAAGUGUGUUAGAGGUUUUGUUUUUAAAAAGCUUGUCGCUCUGUGGCGUGGACACCGUCUCUUCGGUUGCAGCACUGCGUUGUAGUCGGUUCUGUUUUGAUUCGUUAGCAGUGAGGACAGUUAACACCUGAAGAAAGGCCAGGCCCCGUAAGUGCAUCGUACAUGAAGACGCGGCUCGGCUGCAUUCAGCUUUUUGUUUUGGAUAAAGGUGGUGGAGUACAUUAUGAUGUGGGAACGCUUGGUGUGUCAUAGUAACACUAUUGUUUCAAAUAUGACAUCUGACAAAUUGGGGGGGCAUUUUAUAUUCAUGUUGGCCUUUUAAUGUCAAUACAGCCAGAACAGUAGGUGUCACCAACCACCUGUGAGACGAGUGGAUUGAAGUGAUCUGCCCCUCUAAUGUUGUGCGAAAGCAGUUGGGUGGAGUCUUAAAUGUCACUGAUGAUUGUUGUAAUCUCUGUCCAAAUUGUAAGCUUUUGUUAGAUGUUUAUUGUUGUAGAUUGUUUAUUGUAAUAGAAACAAAACCAGUGGGGUGUGCUGGGAUGAAUCACUCUGCAGCACCAAGACAUAGCUUUUCUGCUGGGGGGCGAUGGGACCUGUGCAUUACAGAAGUUAUGCUCCAGACUUGGCGAUAAAUGCAGCAAAGUCAUCAAACAUCCCUCAAGUACCCAAGAAAUAUGGUGUGACAAAGCAUAAUUUUAAAAGAGGAGAUGGAGUUCAAAAACACCAUCUGAAAA